AUGGAUCAAUACAACAGCAUUUUUAAUUCUAUUUACCAAGUUUUAAAAGAACAUAAACUGAUAAUAAUUGAUGAAAAUGAAGAAAAAAACCGAAAUGCUGCUUAUUUAGUUUGUGUACCAAUUUUGGAAAAAGCAAUUAAAUAUGAUGAAACUGAUACAUCUAAAUGGAUAUUUGAAUUAGUCUCCAAGUUAAACAUCCAUAUUGAUGAAAAAAAAAAUCUAAACGAAAUAUUUUCUGCAAUAACAUUGGAAAUACAAGCUUUGAAAGAUCAAUUGAUGGAUCAACAAAAGAAAAUGGAAAUUCAAGCAGGACAAAUACAAACAUAUGAAUCAAAACUUAAUCAAGUUGAAUUAAGAUUAUGUCAACUGGAACUGAAUGAAAAAUUAAAUGAUACUAAAAUUAAAGCCUUUGAAAUAGUAAGGUUGUUCCGUUUUUAUCAUGUUGACAAUAUUCUUACACAUAUGUAUCCAAAAUGGAACAACUGGAGUAAAUUUACUGAUGAAUGGUCGAAUCGUGAAUUAGAAGUUAUGAAUUUAUUGGAUUUGGACAGAAAGACGACAGUACCAAUGGAUGAUCAACGUAUUCAAACUCAUCCGGCCAUACAAAAUUUCAUUGGACCUGUUGAAGCUGAAUUGAAACAACAAGUUGGUUUUGAUGUAACACUGUUGGAUUUAAGAAAAAUCGCCAUUGAUCGUCACGAAUGUAUGCAUCAAAACAUAAGAAGCGUGGCAGAACAGAGGUACUUAUUCUCAUUAUGUACAAAUUAUAUCUUUCCUGAAAAUUACAAAUUUACAACAGUUUUACAAAACAUGAUAAACAAAUUGAUUGAACUUGAUGAAGAUGUCACAACUACUAAACUAAAAUCUUUUCAUAAAUAA